AUGGCGACUGAAAACCCAUUCCCACUUUCCAGCCUUGAGGGACUCAUUCCUUCUCUUUUGAAGGUCUAUGCAAUGGUCAACGACGUUCCAUACAAUGCCAACGAAGAAGGUCACACUCCAACAACAGCACAGCAGCUGGUUGAAGCGACUGAUGACUUUAAGAAGCAACUCCAGAACGCUAGGGUGCUCGUUGAGAACCUUGUAGGAGGUGACUUGAACUCGGCGAGUCAAGACGAGGUCAUAAAGAUGCUGGAGAAGUGGAGAGAUCUCAAACGGGAGCAGUUACAGAAGCAUUUUACGAGUGCCUUUUGA